ACCCGCUGUCAGACAGAGGCGAAGAUGGCGUCGCACUUGUCUUACGGAAGAGUCAAUCUCAACAUACUGAGAGAGGCUGCGAGGAAGGAGCUGCGCGAGUUUCUGGAUAAGUGCGCUGGAAGCAAGGCAAUUGUCUGGGACGAGUACCUGACGGGACCCUUCGGGUUAAUUGCACAGUAUUCCCUGUUAAAGGAACAUGAGGUGGAGAAGAUGUUCACUCUCAAGCCGGGGCGCCUCCCCGUCGCCGAUGUCAAAAAUAUCAUCUUCUUUGUCAGGCCCAGACUGGAAUUAAUGGACAUCAUUGCUGAGAAUGUGGUCAGUGAGGACAGGCAGCGCUCCCCGCGGGACCUCCACAUCCUGUUCGUGCCGCGGCGCAGCCUCCUGUGCGAGCAGCGGCUGAAGGAGAGGGGAGUGCUGGCCUCCUUCAUCAACAUCGACGAGUACAUCCUGGACCUCAUCCCCUACGACGGCGACCUGCUCUCCAUGGAGUCCGAGAGCGCCUUCCGGGAAUGUUACCUGGAGAAUGACCAGACCAGCCUUUACCAUACAGCUAAGGGGCUGAUGACUCUGCAGGCCCUCUAUGGAACCAUCCCUCAGAUCUUCGGGAAGGGCGAGUCUGCACGGCACGUGGCCAACAUGAUGCUGAGGAUGAAGAGGGAGUUUGCCGGCAGUCAGAAUCAGAUCCUGCCCGUGUUCGACACCCUGCUCCUCCUGGACCGCAACGUGGACCUUCUCACGCCCCUGGCCACACAGCUCACCUACGAAGGCCUCAUCGAUGAAAUCUACGGCAUCACCAAUGGCUAUGUGAAGCUUCCUCCAGAGAAAUUCUCUCAGAAGAAGCAGGGUGAGGGUGGAAAGGACCUGCCCACAGAGCCCAAGAAGCUACAGCUGAAUUCUGCUGAGGAGCUGUAUGCCGAGAUCAGGGACAAGAAUUUCAAUGCAGUGGGAGCUGUGCUAAGCAAGAAGGCUAAAAUUAUCUCUGCUGCUUUCGAGGAGAGACACAAUGCCAAAACCGUGGGGGAGAUCAAGCAGUUUGUAUCACAGCUGCCACACAUGCAGGCUGCCAGGAGCUCUUUAGCAAAUCACACCUCUAUUGCUGAGCUCAUCAAAGAUAUCACAACCUCAGAAGCCUUUUUUGAUAACCUGACUGUUGAACAGGAGUUCAUGACAGGAGUGGACACAGAUAAGGUGAAUUCCUACAUCGAGGACUGCAUUGCCCAGAAGGACCCUCUGAUAAAGAUCUUGCGGCUGGUGUGCAUGCAGUCUGUGUGUAACAAUGGACUGAAGCAGAAAGUCCUGGACCACUAUAAACGGGAAAUCCUGCAGACUUACGGUUAUGAGCACAUACUGACCCUCAGUAACCUGGAAAAGACUGGCCUGCUGAAGCCUCAGAUCGGCACCAGGAACAACUAUCCCACCAUCAGAAAGACCCUCAAGCUGUGGAUGGAGGAUGUGAAUGAGCAGAACCCCAAUGACAUCUCCUACGUGUACAGCGGCUUCGCCCCCCUGAGCGUGCGCCUGGCGCAGCUGCUGGCCCGGCCCGGCUGGCGCAGCAUCGAGGAGGUGCUGAAGAUGCUGCCGGGGCCCCACUUCGAGGAGAGGCAGCAGCUCCCCUCCGGGCUCCACAAGAAGCGCCAGCAGGGGGAGAACAGGACCACGCUGGUCUUCUUCCUGGGAGGGGUGACCUACGCCGAGAUCGCCGCCCUGAGGUUCCUGUCGCAGAUGGAAGAGGGGGGCACGGAGUACGUCAUCGCCACCACCAAGCUCAUCAACGGCACCAGCUGGAUCAAGUCGCUCAUGGACAAACUGGAAGCGCCCCCUUUCUGAAACCACCGGACUGGUUGGAUCGGGGGGGGGGGGUGGAUGCGGACUUGAUCGCCCCCGAGGUGUGGAACAUAAAAUGAGCGCGCGUUUCAGAGGAGCUCUUGAGGAGCAACCGUGGGGCUGUACAGAGUGCUUUGCGGCUUGUGUGUCUGCUAGAUUAAACAGUGGAGGCUUAUGUUGUAUCUCCCCUGUGUGUAUACAGUAUAUAAGCAGCGUUACAUGUUUGCCUGGAUUUUGCACUGCAUUGUACAGUAUGUUUCAGAGCAUCUACAAGGGUCAGGCAGGCACAGCACAGUUCACGGGAAACUGCCGGUUCUGAGAGAGAGAAUGGGGGCAUUUCACUCAUUCGUCUUUCUCAGUUCCUCAUUUCCUCUUUGAGCUGAAGUGUGCCGCUGAAAUCCUCCUGCGGCACAGGCUGCUGUGGAACAGCCCCGGCAGGCCAGAGCUGAGGCUCGAGACUAUACCGAGGCAAGUAUUGCAUUAAAGCAGCUUCUUUGUGCAGAGCCCUGUCAGCAGGAUACUGAAGCACCCAGUCAGUCUGCUCACUUACAGUACCUUUUGAAUGUCUGUCCAUUCUUAUCAGUUUCUUUUUUGCAUAGUUAUGUGGUCUCUGUUAAAGUUGGCUGUAAACGAACAAAGUAGUAAACAGUGUUACAGAAAGAAAACAAGGCUGUUCUGUUGCAAAUACUGUACCUGUUCCCAUGACUGCCUCUCAUUUGGUUCAUACCAGGAGGCAGCAUGUGACGGGGAAACAUUGUCAUGGAGGUUGCAUUGUUAAAGUCGUCCAGCUUGAUUUCCAGAAUGCACAUCAAGUCCAACUUGUUUGUUGUCUCCCUCCCCAACUGUGUUGAGCUCUGUUGUUUUCUGUAGUCCGGAAAACACCUGAAAUUUAAAACCGUUCCCUGUCUCAUUACCCAUGCACAGGCAGAACACAUGACGAAAAAUUUCUACCUGCUGAACCUGAAGAAACUGUUAUGCCCGUGAGAACAUUAUCUGUAUUCGCUUUAUAGUAAUUUUACGACAUCGUGCACAAUCUUAAAUUAGCCAGCCCUGCAGCGCUACAGGGUUUAUAAACCUACUCAAAGACUACCUAAGGUGAUGCUAGAUGCAGCCUAUAGCCUAGUAAAUGUUAAACACCGAGAAGGCUUGUUCACUCGCAAGGCUGUGGAAAGCUAUUGACAGGUCACAGGAAACAGGAGUGCAGGCCUUCUUCAGUGGCCUUGCUCUCUUGAGGAGCAAUUAGUGCUAACAGGCUUCCUGAUCAGCGGAUAAUGGCCUGCUCCUGUCUGGAGGGCUUGCCGCGGAUGAGGCAAUGAUUUGAUGAUGGAGGACGCUGAUUAAAUUAAGAAGCCAUUUUGCUCUUUGUUUUUAGUGAAUGAUGACUUGGGGUUUGUUCUCGGAUGGAUCGAUCUCUUUCCUGUCUGGGCUUUCUGUUUUAUAUGAGAGGAGAGCGGGCGUCAGCCCCUGAGAAACUAAGUUUGAAAGAAAACUAAAUUACGUUUCGGUUAUGAGACUGAAAACUUCAUACCGUGUUAAAAAUAGCACAAGUUGUGUGUAAGCGAAUACAAAGAGUAAGCGGUCGCAGCCUGGUUAAGGAUUGGUUACGUUAAGGACUGUAGCGGUAGUAUCAGAUUGCAAGCGUGUUUUCUGUAAUAAUGUCAGAACAGUAACAGAUACCACACCCUCCAGCUCACCUCUGUGUCCGUUAGUAGAUUCAUUAAAAAAAAAAAAAGAAUUCAAUCACCCGUCCUGUCGUGUUUGCGCCCUCAGUAGUAGGAGAGGUUUUUAACUGGGGCUGUUAGUCCUGAGAAAUCGAGAGUGAUGAAGAAUUGACUCGUCACGAAUUAAAAAAAUAAAAAUAAUAACCCCUGAAAAUGUUUUAAUCGAUAUCCUUCUACCAAAACAGGACUACUAAGAUAUUUAAGAUGUAGUUUGCCGAGCUAAUUCUGGUGUUCGCCGACAGUAGUAUUUCGAGGGAGUAAAACAGCAAGGAAAGCCUUUUAAUAGUUUAGUUGAACCUCGUUAUUCAACGUGAAUUAUUGUUUUUUUCUGUCGUAUUGUUGCCUUUUACUUUCUCCAUCGUGCUAGAACGUGCAGCGAUUAGUACUUAAAUCCAUGUCUCGGGUGGAUCACACAACCAGACUUCAUGUAGAAGGAGCAGGUGUCUGAAGAGCCUUGAGCUCCCAUUAGAGAAACCCGAGGGUUUAAGGCUGUGGUCAUCAAUUUAAUAGACCGUGGCCACACCUAUGCCUUGAGCGCUUGUUCUGACGGCGAUGGCCCACAAUCUCUUCAGAAGAAGAGAAAACAAUUGGGAUAUAUUCGCUGCUGACGCUCGUUCAGAGGGACACCACAGUACUGGAACAAAACAGCCCGCUCGACGAGCCGACCAGCGAGAGGAGGAUGGAUCUGCUGCAGCUGGAGAGACAGCCUUUCACCCUGCGCUUCCUCUGGGUGCUGAAGGAGCUUCUCAAGUUUGUGCUCUUCAGUUACACAGUGUUGCUAGGAGCUCUCCUGUUGGCCGGAUGGACGACUUAUUUUCUGGUUGCAAGAUGAACUUCUCUGAUUGCGGAAAGGCCCAAGGUCUGCUUACAAUAUCCCAAACAAUCGCAGUGAUUCCCCGUGCAAGGAAAAAUGUGCUUCUGUGGUUCUGUUCUGUGGUUUCUAAAUAGAUCUUGCAUUAAGAGUUUACAUUUCAGUAUUCAGUAGCGCAAAUACCCAUCUUUUAAACAUAUUCUGUCCUGUAAUGUAAUUACUUACUAAGCAAAGCUAAAUGGCGUAUUUUUAAUUAAAUUAAACUAAAUAUGUGCCUUUA